CCGUCCCCAGACCUGUUUCUUUGUUUUGUGGCGUGCAGGACAUCAUGAAAACCGUAGCUCAGCAGAUUUUCCGGACCUGCAACAAACUUUUCUCCCGAAAAACGCCAAAUGAUGUUGUGGAGGUCCAUCCAUCCAACAUUGAGACCGCAGCGCAGAUGGAAAACAUCCAGCAUUUGCCCAGUCCCUCCCAUCCUCCCGCUGUGGAGGAGGCUCGAGAGAGCGUUCACCACUUGGAGGCGGUCAUGGAGAGGGCCCACCAUGGCGGUGGAUGGCUCCUGUCUGGCAUCAUCUGCAUCAACAUCCUGAUCCUGGGCUGCGCCCUGGUCAGCGGCAGCGCCUUCAACAGCGUGGCCAUCACUGCUGUGCACAGGCAAAUCUUCCUCAUCAUCCUCCUCCUCCUCACAAUGUUGUGGAUGCUGUUUUACACAGCCUUCACCUCUCGAAAGGAGCAAGCCGUCUUGUUUAAAGACAGCCAUGCAGGGCCCGUGUGGCUCCGAGCUGGACUUGUGCUGUUUGGGCUUCUCAGUUUCCUCAUGGACAUCUUCAAGAUUGCCAACUAUGUGGGCUACCUCCACUGCGAUUCUGCUGUUAAAGUGGCCUUCCCUGUCGUCCAGGCCGUGUUUUUGUUUGUCCAGACGUACUUCCUGUGGAGUCAUGCGAAGGACUGUGUGCAGCUGCACACCAAUUUUACACGGUGCGGGCUUACACUCACGCUUUCAACUAACCUGGUGGUGUGGAUGGCAGCCGUGACUGAGGAAUCGAUUCACCAAACGGAGGUUCCUGAUCUAAACGUCAAUGUCUCAUACAAGAUGUACAGAGCCAGCUAUGGCGAUAAGAAGUGUAAAUGUACUCACUCAGUGUGUGACACCUUCAAAGAGGCCUCCUACUACCUGUACCCCUUCAACAUAGAAUACAGCCUCUUUGCUUCAGCUAUGGCCUACGUCAUGUGGAAAAAUGUGGGGCGACUUGUGGAGGAUCACAGCCACCAUAGUGUGAAGUUCCGUCCAAAGGAGGUGUGUCUGGGACCCGUAACAGGAAUACUCCUGGUGGUGGCAGGGCUGGUGACCUUCAUAAUGUACGAGGUGGAUGUGCUAAAAGAGGAAGAGGAGAGGAGGAACAAGGCCCUGCUGAUUCAUUUCAUAAUGAACAUAGUGAUAGUGAGCCUGAUGUCUUUCUCCACCGUGAUUGGCUGCAUCGUCUACAGGCUGGACCACAGGGAGCACGUAUCGGAGAAGAACCCCACGCGCAGCCUGGACGUGGGGCUGCUGGUGGGAGCCUCCAUGGGCCAGUUCAUCAUCAGCUACUUCACCAUCGUGGCUGUGGUAGCGACAGGAGCCAGAGGCUACCUGAACGCCCUAAACCUGUCCUGGGCUGUGCUGACGGUGCUCCAGCUCGGCCUGCAGAACUACUUCAUCAUCGAAGGCCUCCACCGCGAGCCCUUCCACGUGAUGCAGGAGGCAGCCCUGCACACAAACGCUCACGUCUUCCAGGAACACACCGAGAUGAGCAUUGUUGUGGAGAGCAAUAAGUCCAGCUACUUCCUGACUGUGUGUCCUGAUGAGCCGAGCUGGAAGAGACGAGUGCUGAAGGAGGUUUGCGCCUUUCUGCUGCUCGCUAACGUCAUUCUGUGGAUCAUCCCUGCCUUCGGUGCUCGUCCCCAGUUCGAUCAUCCCCUCGAGAUAAAAUUCUACAAAUUCACAAUGUGGGCUGCCAUCGUAAACAUUGGACUUCCCUUUGGAAUCUUCUACCGCAUGCACUCUGUCGCCAGUCUCUUUGAGGUGUACUUAAUCUCUUAAAUGGACUU